CUCUCCACUCUUCUUCGAACUCAAAGAAUUACUUGUGAAAUCUCCCUGAAACGUACACAAAUCGACACCAAGCACUCGAAUUUCGCCGAAUCACAUUGAAGGAAUUGCAAAUUUUCUGGUUUACUAUUCGUUUAUUGACGUAAGAUUGUCUAUAGGUGACUCAUUAUGAAUCCUGAAAAAUUCACCCACAAGACUAACGAGGCCCUUGCUGGGGCACACGAGCUAGCACUAUCCGCAGGGCAUGCUCAAUUUACGCCUCUGCAUAUGGCUGUGGCCUUAAUAUCUGAUCACAAUGGUAUUUUUCGACAAGCGAUUGUCAAUGCUGGUGGGAAUGAAGAAGUAGCUAAUUCAGUGGAGCGGGUAUUGAAUCAAGCGAUGAAGAAGCUACCUUCUCAGACACCGGCUCCAGACGAAAUCCCACCUAGCACUUCCCUUAUCAAGGUGUUACGACGAGCACAAUCGUCGCAGAAGUCUUGUGGUGACAGCCAUUUAGCAGUGGAUCAGUUGAUUUUAGGACUGCUAGAAGACUCUCAAAUCGGAGAUCUUUUGAAAGAAGCUGGGGUGAGUGCAUCAAGAGUGAAAUCAGAGGUAGAGAAACUUAGAGGAAAGGAAGGAAGAAAAGUGGAAAGUGCUUCAGGGGAUACCACAUUCCAAGCACUCAAGACUUAUGGCCGUGAUCUUGUGGAACAAGCAGGAAAGCUUGAUCCCGUGAUUGGUAGGGAUGAAGAAAUUAGAAGAGUCGUUCGGAUUUUAUCAAGGAGGACGAAGAACAACCCGGUUCUUAUUGGAGAGCCUGGUGUGGGUAAAACAGCAGUUGUUGAAGGGCUAGCACAGAGGAUUGUACGUGGUGAUGUUCCAAGUAAUUUAGCUGAUGUUAGGCUUAUAGCAUUGGAUAUGGGAGCGCUAGUUGCUGGAGCUAAGUACAGAGGUGAAUUUGAAGAGAGGCUGAAGGCUGUGCUGAAAGAAGUUGAAGAAGCAGAAGGGAAAGUGAUACUUUUCAUUGACGAGAUACAUUUAGUCCUUGGUGCUGGUCGGACAGAAGGGUCUAUGGAUGCUGCUAAUCUGUUUAAGCCAAUGCUAGCCAGAGGUCAAUUACGGUGUAUUGGUGCAACUACACUUGAAGAGUACAGGAAGUAUGUUGAGAAGGAUGCUGCAUUCGAGAGGCGUUUCCAGCAGGUGUAUGUGGCUGAGCCUAGUGUUACUGACACUAUUAGUAUUCUCCGCGGGUUGAAGGAGAGGUAUGAAGGGCAUCAUGGUGUUAAAAUUCAGGACAGAGCUCUUGUGGUGGCUGCCCAGCUCUCAUCUCGGUACAUUACAGGUCGACAUCUGCCAGAUAAGGCUAUUGACCUAGUUGAUGAAGCUUGUGCAAAUGUUAGAGUUCAGCUUGAUAGUCAACCUGAGGAAAUUGACAAUCUCGAAAGGAAGAGAAUUCAGCUAGAAGUUGAACUUCACGCUCUCGAGAAGGAAAAAGACAAAGCUAGCAAAGCACGUCUAGUAGAAGUGAGGAAAGAACUUGAUGAUUUGAGAGACAAACUCCAGCCCUUGAUGAUGAGGUACAAAAAAGAGAAGGAAAGGAUAGAUGAGCUUCGCAGGCUCAAGCAAAAGCGCGAUGAGCUCAUUUAUGCUUUACAAGAAGCUGAAAGGAGAUAUGAUCUGGCUAGGGCAGCAGAUCUGAGAUAUGGGGCAAUUCAAGAAGUGGAAACUGCAAUAGCAAAUCUUGAGAGUACCUCAGCUGAGAGUACAAUGCUAACAGAGACUGUGGGUCCUGAUCAGAUUGCCGAAGUUGUGAGUCGCUGGACUGGUAUUCCGGUCUCAAGGCUUGGGCAGAAUGAGAAAGAGAAACUGAUUGGUCUUGGCGAUAGGUUGCACCAAAGAGUGGUCGGGCAAGAUCAUGCAGUUAGAGCUGUUGCUGAAGCCGUGUUAAGAUCUAGAGCUGGUUUAGGAAGGCCACAGCAACCAACUGGUUCAUUCCUUUUCUUGGGGCCAACUGGUGUUGGAAAGACGGAGCUCGCUAAAGCUCUUGCAGAGCAGCUCUUUGAUGAUGAUAAACUGAUGAUCAGAAUAGACAUGUCCGAGUACAUGGAACAACACUCUGUUGCCCGGCUGAUUGGUGCUCCACCAGGUUAUGUUGGGCACGAUGAGGGAGGACAACUUACUGAAGCUGUUAGGAGGCGGCCUUACAGUGUUGUGCUCUUUGAUGAAGUUGAGAAAGCCCAUCCUACGGUGUUUAAUACAUUGCUUCAAGUUUUGGAUGAUGGAAGGUUAACAGAUGGUCAAGGCCGCACAGUUGAUUUCACCAACACCGUGAUUAUUAUGACUUCAAACUUGGGAGCAGAGUAUCUGUUGUCUGGAUUAAUGGGAAAAUGUACGAUGGAGACGGCUCGUGAAAUGGUAAUGCAGGAGGUGCGAAAGCAGUUUAAGCCCGAGCUCCUGAAUCGGCUGGAUGAGAUUGUUGUGUUUGAUCCCCUGUCCCACGAGCAGUUGAGGCAAGUAUGCCGCUACCAGAUGAAAGACGUUGCACUACGGCUGGCUGAGAGGGGUAUUGCAUUGGGUGUUACUGAGGCAGCUCUAGAUGUCAUACUCUCAGAGAGUUAUGACCCGGUUUAUGGUGCAAGACCUAUUAGGAGAUGGUUGGAGAGGAAGGUGGUGACCGAGCUAUCCAAGAUGCUUGUGAAGGAGGAGAUUGAUGAGAACUCAACGGUUUACAUAGAUGCUGGUGUCGGCAGGAAAGAUCUAACCUACAGGGUGGAGAAGAAUGGAGGUCUUGUGAAUGCUGCCACCGGGCAAAAAUCUGAUAUAUUGAUUCAGCUUCCUAAUGGUCCCAGGAGUGAUGCUGUCCAAGCAGUCAAGAAAAUGAGGAUUGAAGAAAUUGAAGAAGACGAAAUGGAAGAUUGAAGAAGUUGAAAAUUCAUCAAAAAAGAUGAAACAGAGACUACUAACAUUGCAAUAGCUUCAACUUUGAGGAUACUACUUGUGUAUGUGUUGAUUUUAGGAACGUAUUUUUGUUGUCUUACAGGGUCUGAAACAGGGUUUUAUCCUCCGCUGCUAUCAUGUAAUUGCAAAUUUUUUAGUUGUGGUCUUUCUUAAUGUACUCACUUCGGUGAAAAAUGUACUAUGGUUGGCAAGUUAAUAAAUAAUAGAAUUACUUUUGCGAUAA